UAUGUAUACUGCGAAUUUGGGACACGACUUUCGAGAAACUUUUAUUACUUCUCCAAAAAUUAACUUUGACUCGAACAAACCGCUAAGACUCUGUCUUCAAUUCCAUCAUAUGAUUGAUCACGCUGAUAAUAACCUCUUCGUAAUCCUACUUAACAAAGGGCGUAUUGUUGAAAAGACAUUAAUUGUAGGAAGGCAGAAUCCUAACAAACAAUGGACAAAGUCUACUUUAGAAACAUUCAAAAAAUUUGAUCAGGUUAUCUUUCAAGUACGAAGAUUGAAAGGUAUCCUUGGAAUUACCGCAAUCGACGAUAUCCAAAUAAACGAUUGCCGUGGAGAUUUUGGAACUAUAAAGCCAACUGAAAUUCCGGUCUAUUAUCCUCCACAAUACUUGAAUUGUAAUUUUGAACCUGGUUUCUGCACCUGGAACCGUUUGAAAUAUCCCGAGUCGGAAUACAACUCGUAUGAAUGGGGACUUCAUCAAGGAAGCACACAUUCAUUGUUCACAGGACCCACUAACGAUCAUACCUACGGUAAUAAAACUGGAAAGUACGCAUACGUCGAAGCAUCCCUGAGUAAGAAAGGUCACUUUGCGGAAUUGGUAUCUCCGUAUUUCAGCUUGAACAAUAAUAAUUACUGCGUUAAGUUGUACUAUCAUAUGUUUGGCUCUUCGAAUUCAAUUGGUAAACUUCAAAUUUUCGGCUAUUACGACGGUUUAGAUACAAUCAAAUAUUACGAAACGUCCGCUAAUCUCGGAAAUGAAUGGCACAAACUCGCCUUUGAUUUAAAACCAUUUCACAAUGUUCAUCAAAUUGUCAUUAGAGCAACGUCUCAAGGAGAUUAUAGAGGGGAUAUUGCUAUAGAUGAUAUAUCCGUUCAUUCCGGUUCGUGUAAAGAUAACUCGCAGGUUGCAUCUUCUCCAGAACAAUUGACGUGUAACUUUGAAAGGGAUUUUGGAUUGUGGUCUGUCUUAAAAAAUCCAAACAGUCCAUCAAAUAAAUUCGAAUGGACCAGGCAUUAUGGUUCAACGCCGUCUCUGGGACCUAAGAGCGAUUCACAGGGAGGAAACGGCUGGUAUAUAUACGUAGACGCGAGAUAUAAUCAAUUUGGAUAUUCUACGCAAUUGAAAUCGCCAAUUUUUAAUUUGAAUAACAAAGAUUAUUGUCUAGAAACGUCUUUGUAUAUGUCUGGAUCUCAAAACGAAAUAGGAGAAUUCGAAAUACUAUCAUCGAGACGAGGACUUUUGAAAGCAUCACUCUACAGAAAGAGCGAGAAUAUGGGAAAUAAAUGGAACAAUAUAUAUAUUCCUUUAAAAUCUACCGAUGACAUUGAUCAAAUAAUCAUUACAGCCAGGUCUAGAGGAGCUGGUAAAGGAGAUAUAGCAUUGGACAAUGUUAAGGUAACAGAAGGAAACUGCCCAUAUAUUUCUUGA